UUUCAAAAGAGGAAAGGAAAAGAAUAUUCCGUACUGGUGGCAGCUGAAUUGUUGUCGACUUGCAGAUAAUUGUUUAAUGCAGGGUACAUAACUAGCCGACCUCCCUAGUCAAUGCCGUGCAGUGUUGCAGUCAGGUAGAAUAAACAGUGGAAAGAUAAAAUAGAAAAAUAAGAAAGUACCGUUGAUAACUGAUAUGUCGUCUCCAUCAACUCCUAAAGCGGUGGUUAAGGAACAAUUAAAGCAUUCAUUAUCCGAUAAUGAUGAAGCAGUGAAUAGUGGUGCUAAACUUAAAGCUCCGACAUCACAACAAAAUGAGGAUGAAACAACAGUGGAAACGGCGGAUAUCGCUGAGAGUUCGGAAUCACGGAAGCGCAAGCAUGAUGGUGAUGGUGAUGAACGAGAGUCUCAAAAACCAAUGCUAGCAAAAAGCAAUCCUACAGGAGAAACAUCGACAAGUGGGAUCCCAUCGGAUUUAUCGACUGGAAGCGGUAGGGAUAUUGUGGAGCCCGAGAACCAAGCUACCGAUCACACUAAGGUUGUGACACAACAUUAUAAUGCCCUGGAGGAGAAAGGAUUGUCUCAGAGAGCACAGAGUCGAAUUAUUUUCAUGAGGAACUUCAAUAAUUGGAUUAAGAGCAUGCUCAUAAAUGAAUUUUUAGAAAAACUCAGACAGAGCUCGAGCCAGGGUUCAGCCCUCAAAGUACUCGACAUGUGUUGUGGUAAAGGUGGAGACCUCCUGAAAUGGAAAAAGGCAAACAUUGCUCACUUAAUUUGUGCUGAUAUUGCUGACGUAUCCAUUGAACAGUGCGAGACGCGUUAUAAAGAUAUAGAGAAUCGUAGCAAAAAUGACAGAGGCUUUGCUCCACUGUUCUCUUCCGAAUUCCUCGUUGCUGACUGCACAAAGGUUCGGUUGAGAGAGAAGUACAGAGAUCCCAGCGUGCUGCUUGAUCUUGUUAGUUGUCAAUUUGCAUUGCAUUAUAGUUUUGAGACACUACCGCAGGCCGAAUGUAUGAUGCAAAAUGCUGCUGAGACACUGAGAGCUGGUGGCUAUUUUAUCGCCAGUAUUCCAGAUGCUUAUGAUUUAGUGUCACGGUGGAAGAAAAUCGAUGGAAACAAAUUCGGCAACGACAUUUUCAACGUUGAAUUUUUAAUCGAAAAAGAAAAUAUCCCGUUAUUCGGGGCCAAAUACAAUUUUCAUCUUGAGGGAGUUGUUGAUUGUCCCGAGUUUCUUGUAUAUUUACCACUUCUAAAAAAACUUGCUCGAAAAUAUGGCCUAGAAAUGGUGAUGUUCGAAAGGUUCGAUGCAUUUUAUAAUCGUAUGAAGGAUGAGGGGCGAUCACUUUUAGGUAACAUGCAGGCACUAGAGACUUAUCCACCUUACCAUGAAGCACCUCUUCUCGGGCAAGGCCCGGCAGACUAUUUACAUGCUAUCCAAUAUAUGCAGAAUUCCACAGGACACAGGAAAAUUGGAACAUUGUCGCAUUCAGAGUGGGACGCAACAUCUUUAUACGCAGUUGUUGCCUUUCAAAAGAUGAGAACAACAUGGAAUUCUGAGGGGAAGCCUGAGUAUUGCAAACUUUAAUUUAGGACAAUUUUUUAUAUAUAAAAUAGAAAUUGUAAGAAUCAAUCAUGAGAAACGAAGAGAAUUAUUUUUCAUUGAGAUUGCGAACAAAUGAUAUCGAGUUAAUUUCAUGUUCUUUCUUGUUCCAUCUACAAUGCUGAGUGAAUGACGCAAAUUGUAUAAUAAAAAGAUUUUUCGUAUUUUGUGAAGCGAUUGUAUGAAUGGCGUUAAGAUAUUUCUAAUGUACAAAAUUUGAAAAUUUUCGUAAAGCAUAAUAAAGUAGAACCGUGAUCCAGGUAUCGAA